AUGGGGGACCAGCAAUUGUAUAAAACUAACCAUACUGCCAACAGCAAUGAGAACUUGUACUACCAACAACACCAAAUGAACUCCCUUCCAUCUCUAAAUCAUAGCUAUGGGACGUCUGUUCUGGACGCUCCCCAGGUGUCCCCUCUCUCCCCACAGUUUCCCCAAGAUUCAAGAGACAGUAUAGCUUUGCCUGUAGGUUCAAAAAGUCUUGGAUCAAUGGAUACAUCCAGACAAACUAGUUGGACACAUUCUGGCUCAGGAAACCACGUCGCGGUGAGGAACAAUCUGAAUAAUCCAAGCGCAAUGUGGAGCCCCCUCGGGCAGGGGGAGUCCCACGAUGGAUACCAAUAUUCCUACUCUCAACCCAGUGAAAAUCGAUCGCAAAAAAUUACCAGUGGGGUCCUGCACAAACUGGACUCCUUUACACAAGUAUUUGCUAACCAAAACCUGAGGAUUCAAGUCAACAACAUGGCUCAGGUUUUGCACAGCGAGUCUUCGAUGGUGGAUAACUCUGGCGACAGCGCGCUCAGGCAGCUGCUGUCCCAGAAGCCAGCGGUUGAGCAACAUCCCGUCACUUCCAGCGUGCAAAGAUACCAACCGGUGCCGCAGCAAACCCACCAGAGUUUUGCAAGCACACAGCAAAAGCAACAGAUGCAAGUCAUGCAGCACCAACAGUUGUACUACGACUACCAGCAGCAUUUGUCACAGAUGCAGAUGCACUCUGCGUUCCAGCAAGGACAGACGCACGUUCAGCAAAUGCAGUCCCAGCAGCUCUUACCGCAGCAGAUGCAGCACUUGCAGCAGAGUCAGUACUACGCUCAGCCGCAGCAGGGGCAUCCGCGGCUCUCGAUGCAGGAGAUCCAGCAGCAGCAGCCAGCUCGGCAGCAGCAGCAGCGGCACUGCCCAGUGCCAAUAGCUCAGUAUUACCAAACGCAACCUGUCAUGCAGCAGUUACAGCAACAGCAGCAACAGAUGCAGUUGCCGCUUCCUCCGUAUCACAGGGAACCUGAUCUAAAGACUAUGCAUGAAUCACAGCAGUACUCUCAGGAUCCAAGUCAUCCUGUGCAGCUUAUCCAGUUGGGAGCAGUGCCUCAGUAUUGCUACCAGGAUCCCCACGAACAGUACAGGCACUUGUACCCGCAGAGUUUACUGCAGCAGCAAGACCAGCAGAAGCAAUACCCGGGUGAGAGCAGGGUGCCACCUCUGAACUCCCAUAUCGGCCUCACUCCUCCAGAGAGCGCAGAGGAUCCCCCACGGCAGGAGAUUAACUCUGUAGGUAAUGCUGUCCCUCAUCGAACUCUUUUGCCACCCUCGGGAGUUCAUCUGAACAACAAAAGCUCUCAGCAAGACUCUCCUAGCGCCCCGUGGCCUCAGCAAGUGCCACUGUCAGACGGCAGACUGCAGCCCCUGUCCCCAGAACAAAGUGGCCAGAACAGAGAAACACUUCCUGAGAGAGCUGAUGCGAAGAACAAACUAAUGUGUUCAAUAUGCUUGAAGGAGUUUAAGAGCUUGCCUGCUCUAAAUGGUCACAUGAGGUCUCACGGAGGAGUAAGAGCAUCUCCUAACUUCAAACAGGAUGAAGGAGAGAACCCACCACAGCAGCCGCUGCCUAAAGAGGUGGAUAGCCUCGCGCCCAUCGUCAUGCCAGUGUCUGUCCCUGUAAAGCUUCUGUCGCCUGAGCCCAGCACGCAGCCCUCUGCCAGCACUGCCGCAGUCAAAGACAAGCCUGCCAACCCUGUGUCAGAUGACGAGAUGCCCGUUCUCGUGAAGAUGACUUACUCUCCACCAUGCAGUCCAAAAGUGGCCAACCCCUGCUCAUCCUCUGAAAUUAGCAAAAAACCUCAUCCAAGUGUUGUAAAAUUGGAAGAAAACUUCAAACCAUUGCAGGACAAGAAGAAGUAUCGGCACAGACCUGAACCUCUCUUCAUACCUCCUCCUUCCUGCAACUUCAGCAUGUCCCACUCGGGUGCCACCCUGUAUCAGAGUCAGCUUCGCUCUCCCCGUGUCCUCGGAGAUCAUCUGCUGGACCGGACGCACGAGCUGCCCCCCUACACUCCACCGCCGAUGCUCAGUCCCGUUCGGCAAGGGUCUGGUCUCUUCAGCAGUGUCAUCACAUCAUCUCACAGCACCUCGCAUGCUCAGCUGCCACUUACGCCACUGACACCUACUCCACGGGUACUCCUGUGUCAGUCUAAUAGUAUUGAUGGAAGUGUCAUUCCCGUGACGCCUGGGCCUGGAGAACAGACUGUUGAACCACGAAUCAAUAUUGGGUCCAGGUUCCAGGCUGAUAUUCCUGAGCUGCAGGACAGAUUGCUAAUGGAGAGAGAUGUGCACAAGGCUACUUUGGUUUGGAAACCGUGGCCAGAACUGGAGAACAAACUCUUCCAACAAAGAGUGGAAGACCUUUUAAAUAUGAGCUGUUCCAGUGUGUUACCUGGUGGAGGAACUAACUCAGAAUAUGCUUUGCACUCUCUCUUUGAAGCAAAAGGAGAUAUUAUGGUUGCUCUUGAGAAGCUGCUGUUGAGGAAGCCAGUGAGAUUGAAGUGUCAUCCUUUGGCAAAUUACCACUACGCCGGCUCUGACAAAUGGACACAUCAAGAAAGGAGGCUGUUCAAAGAGGCACUGGCCACCUACAGCAAAGAUUUCAUAUUUGUACAGAAAAUG